GGAAUUAGCAUGUACAUCAGUUCACUCUUAUCAGAGGUCACUCUCUGCUCUCCCACUCCUUGUGGUGAGCAGACAUGCACACAUAUCGCUCUUUAUAUCGGUUAGCUAGCACAGAAACGGAGGGAGUAAGAGAUCUUCAUUAGUUAAAGAUUCGUAAAAUCUAAGAGAAAAUUAUCUCGGAAGGAAAAAAAAAGCAUGUAAUAUUGAAUGUACUAGUAACUUUUUUUUGGAAAAGGUCGCCGCCGCGAGAGCCAGCCAUGCCGCGUCGCCGGCGGAGCUGUACUGGAAGAUCGCGCUCCCGACCUCGCCGAUGCCCGGCGCCAUUCGCGACCUCAUCAACCCUGCGAGGUCAGCUUCGCAGGAGGACACGGACAUGGACGAGGUGAGCACGGACGCGGUGUUCUUCCUCGAGAAGGACCUGUUCCCGGGCUCCAAGAUCACGCUCCACUUCACCCGCGGCGGCGCCUGCGCCAUGGUGCUCCUCCGUGGCCGCGCCGACGCCAUCCCGUUCGCCUCCGAGAAGCUCCCGGAGAUCCUCACCCAGCUCUCCGUCCCCGCCGGCUCACGCGCCGCCGAGGACAUGCGGACCACCCUCGCCGAGUGCGAGGCCGCGCUGCUCGGCGCCCGCGACCAGGCCAAGCACUGCGUGACGUCGCUCGAGUCCAUGGUCGAGUUCGCCGCCGCCAGCCUCGGCACCCGCGACAUCCGCGCCGUCUCCACGGAGGUGAUCGGCACGGGGGCGGCGGAGACGCCGAGGCAGGAGUACACGGUGGAGGCCGUGAAGCCCGUCGUGUCUGUCUCCGGCGGCAACAUGGUGACGUGCCACGGGAUGCCCUACGCGUACGCCGUGUUCGGGUGCCACACGACCACGGCCACCGCGUACGCGGUGACGCUCGCCGGUGCCGAUGGGACCCGGGCGGAGGCGCUCGCGACGUGCCACGGCGACGCGUUCCCCGGCGUGGCGGAGGCGUACGAGAGGGUCGGCGUGGCGGCCGGGAGCGUGCCGGUGUGCCACAUCAUGCCGCUGGGCGACAUGCUGUGGGUGCGCAACUGAACGCGCGCGCGUGCGAAAAGGUUAAAGAUGGCGUGAUUCACGCCUUGCUCCUUGCUAUAUUUUGGAGCUGCCUUGCCUAGAACCUACAUGUUAAAUACUCCAUGUGUGCGAUGUACCGUGUACAAGUACGUACGACCCGACAUGCCACUAUACGACCUGCUCGUAUGUAAAUAAGUCUGCACUACAGACAAUCCAUUUUGUACUC